CCCGGAUGUGCCUGUGGAGUUGUGUUGGCAAUCUGCGCGCCGGGAUUUGGGCACUCUUUGGGUGCCUAGGGCUAGGCGGAUGGCUCAGGGUUGGGCUGGCUUCUCUGAAGAAGAGCUGAGGAGACUAAAGCAGAAUAAAGUCUAGUGUCAUGUAACAUGGGUUGCCAGGUGAAACUGAUACACAGUCAUCCCAUAUCAUCUUUUGAUGCUGUCACACGGCAGUUAUUUUUGGCAGGAAGAAGAGAAGAUUGGAACUAGAACAUUGGUAAUUAAAUGCUUUCUCUGGCAAAUAACUUUGAUAAAAAGUAAGUCAAAUCAUUUUAUGGAACGGAAACAUUUGUUAUAUAAUGAAAUGUUGUCACAGGGAGACGGGGUAUGUCAACUAUAGUCAUCGACAUCUUAAACUGAAUUAUUUUCACUCACACAGAUUAGAAGAGUGUAUGGCAUACAUAUACCCCAAUAAGUAUGAUGUAUGUAUACACACAUGAUCUGUGGCUGAUUUCAUAUGUAAAGAAAUGGAAGAAUGCAAUACAAGUAUGCUGUCAGUUUUAAGAUAAAUAUUUAUUUCUAUGUGCCCUUUAUUAUUCCUUUCUACUCAUUUAUUUUAUGGUGUGAGCCCUUUGGCCAUAGCAUGGGUGUGGCAGUCAGAGGCUGUCUUUUAGGAGUCACUUCCCUCGUUCUACCCUGUGAGUCCUAGGAGUCAGCACUCAGGUCUUCAGGCUUGGUGACAAGUGCAUGUACCUGCUCAACCGUCUUACCCACUGCCUUUAUUCUUGAUAGUACGAGUCCCGUUCAUCUCUUUGUUUUAUUUAGUAAUUUCCUUGCUAUUCUUAACAGUUUAUAUAAUAAUUUUUAAAAAAAUUUUUACCAAAUUUUAGGGGAUAGGAAUUUGAUUAGAAUUGCAUUGAAUCUUUAGAUCAGUUUGGAGAUAUUUAGUAUCAUCAUGGAAGGGUGCAUGUGUGUCCAUUUAUUUGCCGUGUAACAAAUUUUAGAAUUUUUUCCCAUAUAAAUUUUGAAUGUUUUCUGUUGUUAGAUUUUUUCUUCCGUAGAGUUAUGACCAUUUCUGGCAUUGAAAUUAAUUAUCAUGGUAUCUUUAAUUAUCAUUUCUCUUAUAGUAUGUGUGAAUAUAAAAGAAAUAGUAGAUGUUUCAAAGAAAAGGAAUAUGAAUGUAUGCCAACCAUCAACAAGAAGCAGAGCAUUAGAAAUCAGAAGCACAGUGAGAUCCAUUUGAACCUCAGCGCCGUCUCCCUGUGAAAAAAACUCGACAACAGCUUCAGCGAGAAAAAGCCCUUCUAGAGCAGAGCCAAAAGCUUGGCCUUCAAGAUGGAUCAGCCUCAUUGCUUCCAGAGCAGCUGCUCUCUACGCCCAAACAGAGAGCUAGCAGUCAAAAGCCACCCCCCUCUUCCCCUGCUGUCCCCAGUCCCCUCACCCUCACCUCUUCCACUGGAGAUGGAGAACUACAUGGUGGUGAAAGUCAGCUGCAAGAACCAGGACUUGAGAAUUCCCACCAUGGUUCCAGAAGUGCCGAGAUUCAAACUCCAAAGCCAGACUGCAAAGUGGAGAAAAAGAAAAUGGAAUUGCAAGAGAAAUCUCGUUGGGAAGUCCUCCAACAAGAACAACGACUGAUGGAAGAGAAAAAUAAGCGUAAGAAAGCCCUUUUGGCUCAAGCCAUUGCGGAAAGAUCUAGGAGGACCCAAGCAGAGACCAUGAAACUAAAGAGGAUCCAGAAGGAGUUACAGGCCUUAGACGACAUGGUGUCAGCUGACAUUGGAAUCCUCAGGAACAGAAUUGAUCAGGCCAGCCUAGAGUAUUCCUAUGCACGGAAGCGCUUUGACAGGGCUGAAGCUGAGUACGUUACAGCGAAGCUGGAUUUACAGCGCAAAACUGAGACCAAAGAGCAGCUCACGGAGCACCUCUGUACGAUCAUCCAGCAGAACGAGCUCCGAAAGGCCCAGAAGCUGGAGGAGCUGAUGCGGCAGCUGGACGUGCAAGCUGAUGAUGAGGCCUUGGAGCUGGAGCUGGAGGUCGAACAGUUGCUUCGAGAACAGGAGGCAGAGGCAGCCAGACAAAUGGCUCCUGUAGAGAGGCUGAGUCAGCCUGAUGGGGAGGGGGUGUCAUCAGAAUUGACUGAAGAGAACAAAGAGCCUCAAAAGCCAGCUACUUCCCCGGAGACAGACAAGUCAGGCAAAUGUUGCAGUAGCAGUCCCCGUAGACUAGACUGCCCAGAUCCAGGCGCCCAGAACUUUCCAGCCGCUGUGGCCACGUGAGGGGCCGGUGUUUUGCAGUUAACAUAUCUCCGCGGUAAAUUAUAGCUGUGUCUGAUAAAACUUCUCUACACGUGUUUGUGUUUGGAUCAGUGCUUACUGUUAGUGUGUUAGCAUGUCAGAUCAUUCCAAAGCCACAAGUUGUGACGGUUUCCUAUCUAGGGAGUGUUGGUCCCUCGGUGUUCCUUCAGGCCUCGUUACUAGGUUAGAAGUGACUCAAGAGAGGGAAGUGCUUGUGACCUAAGUUUGACUGUCAACACUACAAAACUAGUACAGUGGUAGGAGAAACUAUAUGACAGCGGGAGCAGGUACUCUCGGAAGCAGGUGACAGGCUUCUCAGCCCUUGGCCAAACUUAACUUGUGAGAGAACAUUGACUGUGUGGCCCUCUAUGCAGUCACAUACAGAGAGAGGGGAAGAGAAAAACAGGUUAAAUUACCUCUCUGGAUACUACAAGAGUGCAAGAGUCACUAGGCACAACCUAGAAAUCCCAGCUUAUGUAAGGAACUAGACAACUUAAGCCAACAUUAUUUUCCCUUUAAUUUGCAGUAAAUGGUUUCUUUCUCACACCUGAAUUUUGGUUAGUUGAUACACAUCCAUAAACAAACCGUGUAUGUGUAACUUUACUUUUACUGUAUUCUGUUCUCCUUAAUCAAUGUAUUGACAGGUAAAGCGUAGACAAUGAAAGUGUUUCUAAAGUGACUGUGAAAAUUGCAAGUCUUAUUGCAACUUGAUCAUCCAACAAUGGUGUGCUCCCUCUCUAAAGCUCUGUAACACAAGCGUUUAUAUGUUGGGUAUUGAUUCUGCUGUCACAAAGCACUGAAAUCCUUAAAGUACUCACUUUCUUAUCACUUUCAUAGUUUGCUAAUCACCUGUUCCUGAAAACUUGACUGGUGUAUUGUGCUAGAUUUGAAUGUGUAUAAAUACUUUAGUUUUGCCACAAAUAUACAGAUAUUACCUUAACUUGUGAUUGAAUUGUCAGAAAUUACAAAAAAAUGAAAAAUAUGCUUUAUUCAUAAAAAUGAGCUGUUUUUAAAGGAGAUAAAGACGGUUGUUUCUACACAAUACACUGUAGAAAAGCUAGGGACAUCCUAUUUUUACAUUAUUGUUUAAGACAUCUUCUGAUAGUAAGGAUGCCUUGUAUUUUUCAAUGACCUGAGCUACAAGUAUAAUUUUCCAUUACUAAAGUGUUGUUUUUUUAUUUAUGAAUGAGACACUACGAAUUUAAAACUUCAUUGCCAAAUACAGUCUUAUUUUUCUAAGGAAUAAACAAGUCUGAUAUGUUUACA